UGGGUACAUGUACGCUGCUGUAUAUCGCCUGCUGUACAUCAAUGAAAGAGGAGUUGAGCUUUAAGAAUUGGCCACCGUCGCCGACGCCGCAGCAGGCGACGGAGGGAGGCGAGGACCCGCCCACGCGCCUCAUUGGGAACUUCCUCCGGAAGCAGAGGGCGUCCGGCGCAAAGCCGUCGCUCGACCUCGACCCGGAGAUGGAGGAGCUCGGGAGGCCGUCGCACGGCGCUCGGCGUGUCUCCUUCGAGGACGAACACCAAAAACACAUCUCCUCCGACUCCGACUCCGACUCUGACUCCAACUCCGACGCGGAAGGCAGCGGUAGGCGCGCCGACGAGAUGGUACGCUGCAAAUCCACCUCCACGGGAAAGGGACCAUUAUUGCGAGCCCAGACACGCUCCCGGCUCAUGGACCCGCCGCCGCCGCCACCCGCGGCAGCUCCUUCCGUCGACAAGAAGCACAAGUCGUCCGCCUCACGGUCCCCUAAGCCCGGCCAGUGCCAGUCUCCUGCGUGGCGCUGGUCGGGUCCCAUGGACGGGGAGGAGGAGGACCCAUUCGUGGACGAAGACAUCCCCGACGACUUCAACUUGAAGAGUGGCGAGCUGGACGUUCUCACCAUCUUGCAGUGGGUCAGCUUGGUGCUCAUCAUCGGGGCGUUGGUUUGCAGUGCCACCAUAAGGAUCUUGUCCAGGAAGAAGGUGUGGGAGCUGCAGCUCUGGAAGUGGGAGCUCCUCGCGCUCGCGCUCGUCUGCGGCCGUCUCGUCUCCGGGUGGGCCAUCCGGAUCGCCAUGUUCUGCGUGGGGCGCAACUUGUUGCUGCGCAAGCGCGUGCUCUACUUCGUGUACGGCGUCCGCAGCGCCGUGCAGAACACGCUCUGGCUCGGCCUCGUUCUCGCCGCCUGGCACUUCUUGUUUGACGACAAGUGCCAACUGGCGCAUAUGGUGGUGGUGUCCUAUGUUAUGAAGAUACUAUUCUGCUUGCUCGUCGCCACGCUCAUCCGGCUCGUCAAGACGCUGCUGCUCAAGGUGCUCGCCUCGUCCUUCCAUGUCUCUACCUACUUUGACCGGAUUCAAGCGUCAUUGUUCAACCAAUAUGUCACUGAGACGCUCUCGGGGCCGCAACUGGUUGAAGAACAAGGCCCCAUGUUUGCUGAGCCGAGUGAUCUCCAUGCCGCGAUGCCAACCAAGAAUCUAUCGGAGCAAAGGAGCUUUCGGCCGUCGGUUUCAAUGUCUAAGCAGCCGGGCCAAGGAAGCAAGCAGCUGUCCAAGGAGAAAAGACAGCAUCAGAUUGAUGAAGGGAUAAGCAUUGACAAGCUCCAUAAGCUCAAUCGGAGCAACGUCUCAGCCUGGAACAUGAAGAGGUUGAUGAAGAUUAUUCGGUCUGGGACGCUCACCACUAUAGAUGAGCAGAUAAAGCAGGCAACAGGAGGAGGGGAUUUGUCAGCGACACAUAUUCGCAGCGAAUACGAGUCACAGAUGGCCGCCAAGAAGAUCUUCCAUAAUGUAGCCAACCAUCGAUCCAACUUGACGGUGGGUGGCUUGAUGCCAAGGCGUGGGUACAGGUUCAGGUCAACUCGGUGUAGGUACAUAUACUUGGCAGACUUGAUGCACUUCAUGAGGCAGGAGGAAGCCAUCAAAGCAAUGCAUCUUUUUGAAGGAGGACAAGAGUACAAUAGGAUCAGCAAGAGGUCUCUAAAAAACUGGAUGGUGAAUGCAUUUAGAGAGCGCAAAGCCCUUGCUCUAACACUUAAUGAUACAAAAGUUGCAGUAUCCAAGCUCAACCAGAUGACUAAUGUUGUUGGUGGCGUCAUCGUGUUUGUUCUCUGGCUCCUUAUUCUUGGCAUAGCGACAACAAAUUUACUUGUCUUCCUCAGUUCACCAUUUUUGGUGGCAGUUAUUGUAUUUGGAGAUACUUUGAAGGCAGUUUUUGAGGCAAUUGUUUUCUUAUUUGUGAUGCAUCCUUUUGAUGUUGGUGACCGCUGUGAAAUCGAGGAAGUUCAGGUUGUUGUCGAGGAAAUGAAUAUCUUGACAACAGUCUUUCUUCGAUAUGACAACCUGAAGAUAUAUUAUCCAAACAAUGUACUGGCCACCAUACCGAUUAUGAAUUUUUACAGGAGUCCAGAUAUGGGAGAAGGAAUUGACUUCUAUAUUCACGUUGCCACACCGGUAGCGAAACUAGCACUCAUGAAAGAAAGAAUACUACGUUACAUCAACAACAAGAAAGAGCAUUGGUACCCGGGGGCGAUGAUUGUCCUCCGGGAUGUAGAUGAGACCAACAAGCUAAAAGUAUCCAUAUGGCUCUGUCACACGCUCAACUUCCAGGACAUGGGGAUGAGGUACGUGAGGAGGGAGCUAGUGCUCCAGGAGAUGAUCAAAGUGCUCAGGGACCUCGACAUUGAGUACCGGAUGCUACCACUCGAUGUUAAUGUGCGGAAUGUGCCUCCUAUUGAAUCAACAAGGAUGCCAACCACAUGGAAUUAUUCCUGAAGCGGUAAACGUUCACGGGGCAUUUCCUAUCCAGUUCGAGUGGUGAGAGCUAGAAGAGCCCUUGCUAGCAACUGGCGAGUAGAACAUGACAUGAGAUAUUAGCGUGCCUAACGCAGAUCACUUGGUUUGGUCUUUAAUUAGUGCGUUGUGUAGUAUGUAAGCUUUGGAACACAAUAAUUGGCCAAUUUCAAAUAUUUUCCAAGCAUGUAUAGAACACGCACAUGUGUGUGUAUGCGUGCAAUUGUGUUCUUCCAUUCAA